CACCUCUCAGCUCCCGCCUCCCAGCCAGCACCAGCUCUCGGCAGCCCGGGUGGCGGGCCCAUCCCAUCUGUGCUCGAUCCGAGCCUCUCACCUGUUUCACAACACUGCCAAAUGAGGGGAACGAACCAUUUCGAGGCGGCAGCAUGUCUGUUUCCAAUGCUUCGGCCCAUCCCUGCUGCACUCUCCUGACACCACACUCCCAACUGCCACUGCCACUGCCACUGCCACUGCACACUGCGCGUUGCACAUCACACCUCCGCGCUAUUCCUCACCACUCACACCCGCCGCGGGCACGCGUUGCAUCUUCGAGGGGCGCCGGUUGCAACCGACUGCCUGUUACAGUGUCGCUGACCAGAGCUGCCCUGUAGCUCCUUCUUCGACCCUGCCCGACCAUGCCUACGAUGCUCUGAAGUUCUCGCCCCGGUCGCCAAUACACGAGGAGGAUGAGGACUGGGACAAGACCGUGACCUCUGGCGCGCUGGACCCCCAGAAAGCACAAUACAUAGCACAUUCCCGCGAGUCCUCCCUGGAGAAGCUACAGGCUGGCGCGCAGCCCACCAGCUCCCCGUCGCAGCCGCAGCCGCAGCCGCAGUCCCACCACCACCACCAGCAACAACACCAGCAACCGCCUUCCCAGCAGCACUCCCCCUCCUCUGCACCGCGCGGACAGCCGCCUGCCUCUCGCUCCGCCCUCGCCGGCGCAUUCGACCGGAUCAUCGAUCCGAGGGGCACCUACGGUCACCACCGACAGACGUCUAUCGUGCACGGGAUACAACACUCGAGGAAUGGGAGUCGUGCCAGCUCCUCGUCUAGCCCACUGAGUCCCCAGAUCAUAGCUGCCGCCGGCGCUGGGCUCACCCCCGAACGGGCUGAGAUGCACCCUUAUGGAGACAACUCUCUCGCCUCUCGCCCUUCUACCGCAAUGUCAGGCGCAUCGUUGACGCCCGGCCCCCAGAUACCGGAGCGGACCUCGUCGGCGACAGAUCCAAGCGCCAACUCCUUCACACAGAGAAAAGUGGAAAGGAUGCACAGCGGCAAGGGCAAGCGCGAUCACGCGCACCACCACUCGCACUCUUCGAGACACCACAGGGACGAGCAAAAGACUGUGGGCGAGUUUGCCCUCCACGUCUUGUUCACCUCGUUCAUCGGCCAGGCCGAGGAGAAGCUCAAUGAGUCCAUAACUGUGCCUUUCGAGCCCGAGCCCCAAAUCGAGCAGAUAUGCGGCCCUGGUGUGGAUCCCGCUUUCGACCAGAGCAUAGUGGCCCUCGGUCACAUUGCCAGCCCGAAACCAAAGGCGCUCAUCGAUUCCAUGAUGCUGUGGAGGAAAAGCAAAAGCGAUGCCGCAAACGAGGCUCGCUCGGCGUUCAAGGGACAGACCCUGUCCGGCCCUCUACAGAGGAGGAAUACGGAACCGGUACAGCCCAACGGAGGCGCCAUUGGGGACGCUCUGCAGCAAAAUGGCCAGUUAUCUGUCACGUCGAAGCAGGAAUUCGUAGCUCAAGCCGAACGCCGGUCUCUGGUUUCCAUAUACAUCCUGUGCCGUGUCUUGCUCGAGGUCAUUGGCCAGAGCACUCUCUCGUCUAUCACACCUGAAAUGGAGGAGAAGCUAGAGGGUAUCAUUUUCAGCCAGCUCAAGAUCGCCGACACCGAACAGCUAAUGUUUUCGCCGUUGAAACUGGCAAAUUGGAACCUCUUCGCCCAACUUCUCGGGGUCAUGAGCGACAUCAAUUUUGCAGGCGUCACAGAGCGCUUCAUCACCGACCUGGACCGCUCGCUCCAAGAGCAUGGGGUUCUCAAGAGUCCUAUAUCCGCGAGCCGGGAUGCUACGGAGGGCAAGAUCGAGCUGGUCCUCGGUGGGAUGAAGCAUCUGAGACUGAAGGUCAACAGCCCCGGUGCCUGGGACCAGACUUGCAAUUUCAUGAUUGCACUCGGCAGGCUCUUCGGCCGGUCACACGGCCAGAAGGUCAAGUCUGCGUUCUGUCAAAUGCUGGAGAUGCUUUUACUUCCCAUCGCUGCCAAGGCCGAUAACAACGACUUCAGCCAUCCAAAGUGGGCCGAAGUCCUCGCCAACAUCAGCCCACGUCUUGGGCAAAUAUUUGUCAAGCCGCGGCACUGGGCAUUUGCGUUCCCCUUGACCGCUACUAUGCUCUGCGUGUCGCCUCCCGAGACCUUCUCCUCGCAGUGGCUUCAGCUCGUGUUGUCACUGCAGACAAAGCUCAAGGACCGUUACGCGAGGCCCGUGUGCCUUCAGGUCCUGUCACGACUUGUCUGGACGUACCUGAUGCGGACGACUGACACCGCCACGGGCACAAUCAGGAAGCUUGAUGAGGUUCUUAAGCUAGUGUUGCCCCCGGGAAGACGCCCCGUGCUUGCCAGUGACACUUCUGUUGCGGAUCCUCUCAUACAAAUUAUCCGGAUAAUCGGUUUCAAGCAACCCGAGUACUGCUUUAAAAACCUCAUCUUCCCUCUUGUCAACGCUGAACAGUUCAAUUCAAACAAGGAUCUGAAAAUUGAAAACCUCGAUCCGGACAAGAUCGUCAUUGGUAUAAGGUCCUUCCUGGUUGUUAUAUCGGAUCUGGAAAAGGGCGAGGAAGGCCGCCCGCCAUUUCCACAAUACUAUCCUGCUUCGACUCCUCCACCAGAUCGCCUGCCCACAUCGCCCAUCAUUGCCUCCCCAAGGGAUGAUUCUAUGACAACACCGUCUGCGGCAUCCCCCGGCGGCGAAGCCCAGACAAGCCCGGUCCUGAGUCACCUGCUGAAUGACGCCGUGCGGGAAUAUUAUGUCAAGUUCUGUGAGAUCCUGGGCAAAAUCACGAUGAUCUGUGACAACACAUUCGGAGGCCAGGCUGCAUUGGAGGAGAAGUUCAGCAGCCCCGGGCCAAAGACCCCGAUCUCAGAGACUUUCAACUUCCGGCGCGAUGACCACCUUAGCCCCCAGGAACAGAAGCAAGCAUUUUACGAACUUCUCCAUGUCGCCGUACAAGCCCUCCCGCGCUGUCUAUCCGCAGAUAUCCCCUUCAACUCACUUAUAAACCUACUCUGUACAGGCACUGCCCAUCUGCAGUACAGUAUCGCCGACUCAUCGGCCCAGUCUCUGAAAGCCAUCGCACGACAGUCUUAUGCACAACCCGUGGCGACUGGGUUUUCCCGUUUCAUCUUUAACUUUGAUGACAGGUACUCAACAAUGUCAGACGGUGGAAUGCUCGGCCCUGGUCACGUCGAGAACACCUUGAGGCUCUAUGUUGAGCUGCUGCAAAUCUGGAUCGAAGAGAUAAAGCGAAAACAGAGGCACGCUGUCGCAGAGGCUGGCGAAAACAGCGCUGCUGACAAAAGAGGCCUUCAGCUGGACAUCUCCAGCAUCUGGGCCGAGGUCGACCAGAUCGAAGCGCACGGCCUGUUUUUCCUCUGCUCACAAUCUCGAACUGUGCGCUCUUUCGCCAUCACGGUCCUGCGGCUGAUAACUGAAUUCGACGUGGCACUUGGCAAGUCGACGAGCCCGGAGAAGGACACUUUGAGGCUGAUUGACAUUCUUGAGAAUGACUCCGUGCAAGUCAUGAGCUUCAAGGAUGACCAACUGUCUGUAGCAGAACGGAGCCGUAUGCAAAGGGGAAUGCAAGACAACAACAGCCAGAGUGCCCUCGUUGAGCUCUGUACAAGCGACGUUUCCUACGACACGACGCUCUGGUUCAAACUGUUUCCAAAUCUCAUCCGGCUCGCCUACGAGAAAUGCCCUUUCACCGUCACCAUCGGGCGCGACCUCAUCUGCAAUCGCAUUCUCCAGAUGUACAAAACAAUCACGCUCCUCUCUGAACCCUCUCGGGGCCUUUACUAUGGAUCGGACCCUGGCAGUGCGCGUUUUGUUGGUCGCACACCUACCGUGCAGCCAGAUGUCUUGAUUGAACAGUGGAAACUAUUCCUGGUCUUUGCAUGUACCACGCUGGCGGACCCCGGGAACCCGCAGUCUAAUCCGUUGCACGGCAAUCAGCACCUGCGGAAGGGCUCCUUGGCCUCGUCGACCGACAAAAUUGUGUCGGCAAGGACUCUGUUCAAGUAUCUCAACCCACUGCUCUCCGUCUCAUCUGCAUCUGUUCGGGAGGCCGUAGUAACUGCCAUGGGUUCUAUCAACAUCUACAUCUAUCGGACGCUUCUCGAGGAAUUGCAGGGCUACGCUUCCCGGUGCAAUGAUGAGGCAAGAGCACGCAUUCAUCAGCGGACAAAUAGCAGUCCCCGCAGAAAUCGAAAGAUGGACUUGUUAAGGACUGAGAUUACCCAUGUCUACAAACUCACAUCCCACUUUUUGAAACAGCCCGAGGUCUACCAAGAUGAGUGGAUACUCAACAAUCUCGUCUCUUACGCGAAAGACCUGAAAUUGUUCCUAAUGGAUGGAGAGGUACAUAUGGACUGGGAGUUUCAAAAGCUUCGCCGGCACUACUGUGGAUUGAUGGAAGAGCUCUUCGAGGGAAUCAACAGAACGAGUGACCCGUCAAGAUGGAUGACUUUCGAGGCUCGCAAGUCAGCCUUUGCGUUGAUGGAGGAGUGGUGUGGCUUCUCGCCAAACCAAUCCCAGAUUCGCGCAAGAGAGGACAACAUGAGACAGUCGAUGAUCGACCAACAGAACCUCGGCGAAAGGAACACAGCUUCGGCUGCCAUGGAAAUUGAAAAGCGCAACUUGAGAACAUCUGCCCUAAGCGCCAUGGCAGCGCUGUGCGCAGGCCCCAUCAGCGUCACGACAGAAAGCGGCGUGGCCUUGCAAUUUGACGUGCGGCGGAUGCUGGCGUGGGUCGAAACGAUCUUCAGCAAUGGCAAUGACCGGAUGAAGUUGAUCGGCAGGCGAGCACUCAAGAAUCUGAUCGUUUACAACCAGGAGUUCCCGUAUCUCCUCGAGCACUGUAUCUUACGCUGCUAUCUGACCGACAUCCCCAAGGUCCUCGAGAGUUAUUUCACUGUGGUAACUCAAGUUCUCCACGAAUACCCCGACUAUCCCUCUCCCUUUUGGAAGCUUUUGGGCUUGUGCCUAUUCACCCUGGGCAACGAUCAGAGCGAUAUCAGGACCCGGUCUGCACAAGUUCUCCAUGCCAUCGAGGAACGGCAUCUUCAUGCCAAGACAUCCAAGAUCCAGGAUUUUGACAUCAGUAUAUCUGACAAGACGAAAGCAGUAUAUAAGCUGGCUCAGUACAAGAUCUCCGAAAGACUGUCGAAACAACACACAGACCUAGCUUUCUACAUUUUCUCCGAAUUCACGCUGUACUUCAAGGACCUUCAGCCAGUCAACCAGAGGAGCGUCAUCGCCGUGAUACUGCCCUGGAUCCAGUCAGUGGAAUUGAAAGUGGACCCAAAUGGCGGGCCGACUGGUCAGUCCUACGUCCUCCUGGCGAAUUUGUUGGAGAUUACCAUAAAAUCGAGCGCUGCGCUGCACAAUGAAGUGCAGGCUCUCUGGCAAGCGCUCGCCACGGGACCGUACCCUGGUAAUGUGCGCCUUGUGCUUGACUUCAUCAUGUCACUGUGCCUUGAGCGGCGUGAGCAGAAUUUCGUCGAAUACGCCAAGCAGAUUGUAGUCUUCCUUGCAAGCACCAACAGCAACCCUGGUCACAAAGUAGUCGAGUUUCUACUGCUCCAGAUCAACCCGAAAGCAAUGGUGCCAAACGAAAAGCGGGAAACGGCACCACCCCCUUCCGACGUCAACCAUUUCCCUUAUUGUGCUGACUUGACCGACGCUCUCCCAAUCGGUACCAAACAAGCCGGCUUCUCCCUUGGCCAGCUCUCACUCAUAUUGCUGGUGGACCUGAUGGUAUCCCCCGUCAACCUACAGAAAGACAAUAUACCAGUACUCCUUCAGGUGGUCACUGUCCUGUGGGACCACUACACUCCUCUGGUGCAAGAACAAGCCCGGGAGAUGCUUGUUCACCUCAUCCACGAACUGGUCAUCUCAAAGCUUGACGACGAGUCUCCGGAGGAGUUGAAGAAACCCAUCGAGGACCUCAUUGAACUGAUCCGGCGGCAUGAUCGCUCCGUGGUUUGGAGCUACGAGGACAGCAAUGGCAAGGUCAAUGAUCACGACACCAAGGUUCCUCCGAGUAUGGAGUUCCUGACCAAGAGGAUUGUGGAGACAUUCGAAAUCACCUUCCCAGGAAUUAAGGAGCAGUGGAGUCGACUCUCUCUUACAUGGGCAACGACAUGCCCUGUUCGACAUCUGGCUUGCCGCUCCUUCCAGAUAUUCCGCUGCAUAUUGACCUCGCUGGACCAGUACAUGCUGGGCGACAUGCUCGCUAGGCUGUCAAAUACCGUUGCUGACGAGGAUGCCGAAAUCCAAUCAUUCGCCAUGGAGAUCUUGACGACCCUAAAGACUCUGAUUGCCAAGCUUGAAGCGGAAAAGCUGACGACAUUUCCGCAACUGUUUUGGACAACUUGCGCGUGCAUGGAAUCCAUCAAUGAGCGCGAGUUCCUUGAAUCAGUAGAAAUGCUCAACGAGUUCAUGGACAAGGUCGAUCUUCAACAAGUAAGUGCCCGACGACUGCUAAUGGACGGUCAGCCGUCUAAAUGGGAGGGUGCAUUCGAAGGACUGCAGCCGCUACUCUACAAAGGCCUGCGAUCAUCCAUGUGCCUCGAAGCGACCCUCAAAACCAUCAACAGGGUCGUCACGCUGCCAGCCGACCCGUUGAUCGGAGAUGACAACCGCAUUUUCUUUGCCAUCAUUGCCAACUUCCCUCGCUUUGUCCACGCACUGGAGCAAGGCGAGCCGAGCGAUGAUGUGGCGCAGACUGCUGAGACACUUCUGCAAGUUGCAGUGACGCAGGGAUUGUCGACUGUGGCCCUGGUUCUGAACGAUUACCUCUCACCGCACCACGAUGCGCCCAAAGAUUUCGUGACUCGAAUGUUUGCGGCCUUGAAGGACUCGUUCCUCCCGCGAUUGGAUUUUGCCUUGAUCACAACCCUUAUGGGGAUGCUGACGAACAAAUCCGGCUGGGUAAAGACAUGCACUAUGCGCAUUCUGCGUGUGGUCAUCCCCGAGAUUGACCUCAGGAAACCCGAGAUGGCGAGCCAUGGCUCAGAUCUUAUUUCGCCCCUGCUGAGGCUGCUACAAACGGAGUUUUGCAUGGAAGCGCUAGAUGUCUUGGACAGCAUCAUGACUAUGUCGGGAUCGUCAAUGGACAAACAUCAUUUGCGGAUGAGCAUGACGCGUCCCACAUCCAAAGCGGUCCGCAAAGAGUACGAGAGGGCCCAGAGCCUGUUCGGUAUACCGGAGGAAUCUGGCUGGGCGAUCCCAGUGCCUGCCAAGAAGACGGAUUCCACGCGGGCGAACAUCCAUGCUUCGUUCUACAUGUGCCAGAGCGUCGAGGGCGUGGCCAUGGAAUCGGCACCAACUCCCGAUGUGGAGUUCCAUGCGGAUGAGUUCCCCUACGGAUACUUGCCCAGCACCGACAGGACGGACACGAUGAUGUCGGACGAGGUCCGUGGGGAAGUUGGCCCUGGUGACCUGGCGUCUAAGCUCGACAGUCUCGAUGAUUUCUUCGACGACCUGUCCACGAGCCCACCAAGCGACGGACGAUCUUCCCGAACCAUCACGGAAUACACACCAGAUACUUUUUCCGAGUCUGGAGCUCAACUCUAUGACGAAAAAGUUCUGCCGAUCCUGAGCGCGGCCGGGAGUAAUGCAUCUUUCCAGAAUGGGUUCGCGGAAAGAUCUGUGCGUGACAAGAACUUGGGCAUGUUCUCGACGGCCUCUAGCCGGCCCGGCCUCCACUCGCGUUCUGUGACCUCGCCGUCAGCGCCGACAUCCUAUCUGCCGCCCUUCACCUCCGAUGAUGAGGACAUGGAGGACAACGGCCUCGUCCCAGAGCAUGACGAAGGGUCGUUCUUCCUCGAAAAUAUGGUGAGGCGCCCGGCACAGCAGACUCGCUCUCGCUUGACGGGCAGCAGGUCUCGGGACAAUCUACCACAGUGGUCGCAUCCGAACUUUGGCCUUGGGUCCAAGGUGGCAAAUGCAUAUGUCCAGAACUCGCCACAAAGCGACAUGCUGUGAGCGAGUCGACAGUGAUCGGUGCACCUCUAGUCAAUCUAAGCUUCAACUCAGGAUAUGCUGUGGGGGAGAGAAAGUGUUGAAAUUUCAGGAUCCAAGUGACCGGGGAUAUAAUGGGAGUCAUCAAUUGAUUGUAUACAGAUGUCUGUAAGGCACCAUUUAAACAGAGCGGAUAAUGGGGCAUGGAGAGUGCAGACUUUAUGAAUGGCAUGUGAUAUCGGAAAUACCAAAUACAUUGGCUCACAAACCA